CUGGUAUCCCUGGCUUUCCUGGUCCUCCUGGGGCUUCAGGUUUACCUGGUUUGAGGGGGACACCAGGUCUUACAGGUGGCCCAGGUUUGAAAGGUGAACGUGGCAUUUCUGGGGAAAGAGGAGAAAUGGGAUUCCCUGGCUUAUCAGGACAAAAGGGUGAGCCUGGAGUUCAAGGAUUCCCUGGACCUCAAGGACCACAGGGACUCCAAGGCCCAUCAGGAGAUGCAGUGAGAGUUGUGGGCCCUAUUGGACCAAUGGGGCCCAUGGGACCUCCUGGUUCACCAGGUUCACCAGGAUCAGAGGGAGGAAAAGGACAGCAAGGUUCUCAGGGUGUUCAAGGAGAAUCAGGGCCAAGAGGGCUUGAUGGCAACCCUGGAAGGAGAGGUCCAAAGGGAGACCCUGGGUCUCCUGGGGUACAAGGACCUAGGGGUAUUGCAGGAGAACCAGGAAUCAUGGGUCCACCAGGUCCCCCAGGAGUGGAAGUUGCUGGGGAGGUUGUCCUGGGUCCUCCUGGGGCACCUGGAAGACCUGGAGAGUCUGGGAUACCUGGAUUGCCUGGAGAGAAAGGAGAGAGGGGGGCAAGGGGUGACAGGGGAGACCCAGGACCAUUAGGUGACAAAGGGGAAAGAGGUGUUGGUGGUAAUCCUGGCAUCAAUGGUCAGCGUGGUGAACCAGGCCUCAUUGGGUUGACUGGUGCCCCUGGUCAGAAGGGGGAGCAAGGGUUCAUUGGACUGCCUGGUGGACAGGGUCUUCCUGGGGAAAUGGGCAAACCAGGUUCCAUGGGUUUGACUGGUCCUCCAGGAACUCGUGGCCACAAGGGAGAUAGAGGAGAAAGUGGCCCACCAGGUUUACCAGGGGACAUUGCCAGGGCAGGAGAAACAGGCCCCACAGGAGAGCAAGGGUUACCAGGUUCACCUGGGGUUCCUGGAAUCCAAGGAUUGCCUGGACCACCUGGGCCAACAGGUCCCCCUGGAGAAAGAGGAGUUCCUGGUCUACCAGGACACAAGGGUCCUCAAGGAACUGAUGGAGUGCCAGGCUUGCAAGGUCAAAAGGGAGACGUUGGGCUAAGGGGAGAAACUGGAUCAUCAGGUUUGGAUGGUUUAGAUGGUCCUCCUGGAAGCCCAGGAACACCUGGUGCAAAGGGAGACAUGGGGAGGACUGGAGAUCCUGGAAUUUCUGGGCCAAGAGGUUUGCCUGGACCACAGGGACAAAAUGGAGAUGUUGGACCUCCAGGUCCAAUGGGAUUAAUGGGAAUACCUGGUAAAACAGGUCCAGCAGGACCAGCAGGCCCUCCAGGACCCCCAGGAGAAAUGAAGACACUUGAUGGCAAUAUUGUUGGUCUGCCAGGGGAAAGAGGAUCCCAAGGAAUGCCUGGACCAAUGGGAAUACCUGGUGAAAGAGGCAGUGAUGGUGAGAGAGGGCCCCUGGGACCUGCUGGACAACAAGGACCUCCUGGUGUAUCUGGUCCACCUGGAAUCCCAGGUGCAUCAGGGGCUAGGGGAGAACCUGGUCAAAGUGGUGAAAAUGGCAGACCUGGCAGAGUUUAUACUGAAGAAGAUCUCAAGGAUAUCUGUGCUAGUGUCCUAAAAGAUCACAUGGCAGAAUUGACUGCAAAAUUGACCGGCCCCAGGGGAAUUCCUGGUGUGGGCAGGAUGGGGAGACCAGGACCACAAGGAGACCCUGGCCCUCAAGGUGAUCCUGGUGUGUCAGGUAUUCCUGGUGAAAGGGGCUUAAUGGGGAUGCAAGGUUUCCAGGGUUCACCAGGUAGCAUUGGACCAAAAGGAGAAAUGGGUUACAAAGGAGAACAGGGCAUUCAAGGAGAAAGCAAAAUAGGACCAGCAGGGCCUGCAGGCAUUCCAGGGAACUCUGGGAUGAUUACCCAGCUAGAAACUGACCUCCAGGGCCCCCAGGAAUUGGAAUCCAAGGAAGGCCAGGUGACAGGGGUGAACAAGGCAAACCAGGAAUGCCUGGACUCAGGGGUGCACCAGGAGCCCAAGGGCCUCCAGGCUUUUGACCAGGUCCCGGGGGUCCUUAACCUUAGGUUCCUUCCGGUCCACUGUCCCCACUUGUUCCGUUUGGUCCUUACGGACCUGAGUCCCCACGUGGUCCUCGGGUUCCCGGAGAUUCAGAACUAG